AUGCUGCAACCUCGUUCCCUACAUCAUGAUGCUGAUCACUCCGAAGACGCUGAAGCGACUGGCGGUGGGUUCCCAGGUUGGCUACAGCGUAUACAAGGCAAGUUGAGGACUUCGGCUGAAGAUUAUUUAAAUGCCACGGACAACUACAUGGCAAAUAUCGGCAAAAUCAUUGCGGACGCACAGAUCACAAACGGCGGCCCUGUCAUUCUUGUUCAGCCUGAGAAUGAGUACACCGGCGCUGUUAGUGGAGUGCUCUUCCCCGAUCCAGCAUACAUGCAAUAUGUUGAAGAUCAGCUCCGUGAUGCUGGGAUUGUUGUGCCGCUUAUCAGCAAUGACGCCUCCGCGAGUGGUCAUAAUGCUCCUGGGACUGGAGAAGGUGAAGUGGACAUUUAUGGCGGCUCCUUCGAUCCUCCUGGCGGCCUGGGCUUUGACCAGUGUGCUGUUCUCUUGAACAACGAGUUCGAAAGAGUCUUCUACAAGAAUGACUACAGUUUUGGGGUUACAAUAUUCAAUCUCUACAUGUCAAUCAAAGAAGAUCGCACGGUCACGAGAGAGAAAUAUUCCGAGCUCAAGCUAGAGGCUCAGUUCCUAAAAGUGUCUCCUGGAUAUCUUGUCGCAACCCCAGGAAAUCGUACAACCACCACAUACAGCAACAACGCUGAUAUAACAAUCACGCCGCUGAUCGGAAGCAACGGCUCCUACUUUGUGGCAAGACAUACUGCGUAUAACUCACUUGACUCGACGACCUACAAACUCAUAGUACCUACUUCCCUUGGCAGCCUUAGCAUCCCGCAGAUCUGCGGCUCGCUCACCUUGAACGGCCGUGAUUCGAAAAUACAUGUCACAGACUAUCCCGUUGGUGACUACACCAUUUUAUACUCUACUGCUGAGGUCUUCACGUGGAAAAUAUUCGAUGAACGAACGAUACUAUUUGUCUACGGUGGUCCCGGUGAGAGACAUGAGUUGGCAGUUAAGAACGCCGCAUCUGGGAAGCUUCUAGAAGGAAGCAGUGUUAUUCUAAAACCCUCGAACGGCUCUUUAAUUGCCCAUUGGCGAACGGGUACGGAAAGGCGAAUUCUCCAAGUUGGCAAUCUGUAUAUCUACAUUCUUGAUAGAAACUCAGCGUACGAAUAUUGGGUGCCCGAGUUAUCAAGCGGCUCUGAUGCCUCUUCCUUAAUUAUAAAGGGCCCAUAUCUUGUGCGCAGUGCCUCUAUUGAUGGUAGCGUCGUCAAUAUCAAGGCCGACUUCAAUAAGACUUCAACUGUCGAGAUAAUCGGGGUUCCAUCAGGCGCGUCGAAACUACAAAUCAAUGGGAAGAGCGUCCAAUAUACGACCGAUAGUCAGGGAACAUGGUUGGCCGAUGGUAGUUAUUCGGAGCCCAGUGCUGCCAUCCCGGACUUGUCCAGUCUGGAGUGGAAGUAUAUCGAUUCGCUGCCAGAGAUUCAGUCACUUUACGACGAUUCUGAGUGGGUUGACGCGGAUCACACAACGACGAAUAAUCCAGUUGCUCCACUCCUUACGCCAGUGUCUUUAUAUGGCUCGGAUUAUGGCUUCAACACUGGCUCUCUCCUGUUACGCGGGCACUUCGAGUCUGUCGAUGGUUCUGAGAAGACGUUGGCUCUCUGGACCCAGGGUGGUCAAGCUUUUGGCUUCUCAGCCUGGCUAGACUCGACGUUUCUCGGGUCCUGGGCAGGAAUUGACGCAGACUCGGACAACAAUUCUACCUUCGCACUGCCAAAUCUUACAGCAAGUAAAUCAUAUGUUCUCACAAUUCUUAUCGACAAUAUGGGCUUAGACGAAGACUGGACUGUGGGCUCUGACCAGAUGAAGGAGCCUCGAGGUAUCCUAGAUUACUCUUUCUCUUCCGGCUCCGGAUCGGUGGCCACUCCCGUCACUUGGAAGAUCACUGGAAACUUGGGCGGUGAAGACUAUACCGACCGCGUUCGCGGGCCCUUGAAUGAGGGCGGGCUCUUCAUCGAACGCCAGGGCUACCACCAGCCUUCACCGCCGUUAGACGAGUUCUCUACCGGAAGCCCAUUUGACGGAAUCACUUCGGCGGGUGUGGCAUACUACACCACCAAGCUGACGCUCGAUUUGCCCUCUGAUGAAUAUGAUAUCCCGCUCUCUUUCACUUUUGUCAACAACACAGCUGUCUCCGGGACAUACCGCGCACUUUUGUUCGUCAACGGCUACCAAUUUGGCCGAUAUACUAGUAAUAUUGGCCCACAGACGGACUUUCCUGUUCCUGAGGGUAUCUUGAAUUAUCAAGGAGAUAACUGGAUUGGGUUGACGCUGUGGGCUUUAGACAGUGGAGGUGCAAAGGUCCCGGGAUUCAGUUUGACGGCGGGGGUGCCAGUUCUGACCUCGAGACAGGUUGUCAAGCUGGUGGAGGCGCCGGCUUGGGAACAGAGACAAGGUGCAUACUGA